CCCGGAUACUGUCUGACACAUUAUGGACGAGGCAGGGUUUGGCCUAUUCUGUGCAGGAUUGUCACGUCAUCCAGCGAGUAGGACCCUCUUAGGCGCACUUGUAAAGAGGUGGUGGGACACCACCAACUCCUUCCAUUUUUCUGCAACUGGGGACAUGACGAUGAUCCAAUAUGACUUCUCCAUGUUGACGGGCCUUGAUGUGGCAGGCCGGCCGAUCUUAUACGACACAGAUAUGGGCGAGUAAGAGGCCGGUUGGAUUUAUCUGCUCGGAGCCCGUCUGCCGAUCGACAGAUCAUCGGGUAGGGUCAGGUACACCUGGUUUGCCGAGCAAUACAGGGGGACUUCGCCCCAGACCAUUGAGACCAUACAGCAGUACGCCCAGGGAUUCUUGAUGUUCCUCCUCGGGACCACACUGUUCUCCGACAGGGGGAACACAGUUGGGCUUUAUCUGCUCAGUGCUCUGGUGGACUUAUCACGGGUCAGUCAGUAUGAUUGGGGUGGCGCGGGCCUUGCUACCCUUUACUGCUACAUGAGCGCAACCUCCCGUGAGCGGGGGACCAUAGUUGGAGGCUACUGGUGAGCCUGGGAGCUGUGGGUUUAUGCAUAAUUCCCGACGCUGGCUCCUGAGUUCGAGGUUGAGGCACCCCUUGAGAUCCCCCACUCGCGCAGAUUUGAGGGUCUGUGCCGGCCGAGGCCCCAGCAGACUUUGCCCUUCCUCCAGCAAUUCUUCGAUACUGUACGGACGACAGAGGUUAACUGGCAGCCUUGGAUAGCCAUGCCAGGGAAUCCUCGGUUUCUGUUCGCUGGGGCAUGGGGCACUUCGCGAUACAGGGUUCUGCUUGAGGGACUGGUUGGCAGAGCGUGGUUCCUCGGAGAGCGCUUCAUGCGCCAGACGAUGGGGAACUCUGAUUAGGACGUCUCCUCAUUGCCUCUACCAGAGAUGCGGUUUGCUAGGGAUCUCAUUCCCCGAAAGACGGAGGACCUCAUGUUGGGUAUUGACGCGGUGCUUUUCCUGGAGGAGGGGGAUUACGCGACAUAUUGCCAUACAUACUUGAUGCCUCCACUGUCAAAUGUCCGUGCCUCUAGGAGGAGGACUGCUGACGUGCCUUCCUUGGGUCACGCCCGAGCUAGAGGCAUUCCUUUGACCAGCGGAGCCGGCACAUCGAGGGGUGGGGCUGGAUGGAUGCCCUCUACUUACCAGUAUGCCGGAUGGCUAUAUCUUCCAAUCGGGUUGACAGGUUGGGAGUAUGGGACACCAUACCAGAUCCUGCUAGAGCCUCCGCGGCCAGAUCACCGAUACAUCAGUGACCCUGACUCACCACCGCCUCCCAGGGAGUAUACUGAGGGGUUACUCGGAGUGGUGGCUUCACUCGAGGGUAUGGUUCUGAGGAGGGAGACAAUGCUUUGUGCCUCCGGCGUUCAGGUCCCGCCUCUGCGGACUGGGCCAUCCAGGCCUUCUCGAGUAGCUAGAAGAGGAGUUUCAGCACGCGGUCGAGGCAGACGCAGAGCACCUGUCAGUCAGGAUGAUGAGGAGUCUAGCGAGGAGGAGGAGUCGGCAUAUCCUUAAUCUGAGACAUCUGCAGGUAGGGACGAUGACUCAGGUUCCGGUUCGGAGGGCGGAGGCGACACCGAGGAGGUUUCCGAGGACGGUGACUCCCAUUCAGAUGAUAGUGCCGGUGCUGGUGGCGCGGAGGCUGCUCAGCCGAAGAGGGUGAAGAGGGCCUCUCGGUCUUGAGCUUGAUGGCACUGACGCAUAUAUUCUUGCUUUAUUUUUCUUUUUACAUGUAGUUGUA